AUGGCCGCGGUGUCGAACCUGGUACGGAGCUGCUUGACGAAGUUCACCUCGUUGGUCUCCUCGACCUCCCUAUCAGAUCAUGCAGAGGAGAUAUCCUCGCAAUCAUGGAAAGAUGAGAUGGGCCGACUGCGUAUAUGGUCGGCAAAUAUUGGCGCACACCAAAGGGGCCAAUCAUCCCUUGACUUUCGCCUAAGGGAUGCAUCUCACAUAAAGAAUCAAACAAUCAAUCUUCUUCAAGGACUUGAAGACCUCUUGGAUGACUUGAAAGAGGUUCUCGAGGAAGAUAUAGACGAUGAAGCCUCGCAAAAUGUUGAGACACUGGAGGAUGAUGACAGGACCGAGAUCCAGCAAAUACACAAAGACAUUGUCGACACAAUCCAUCAUCUCUACCGUAUGUCCAUGAUCAUUCGGACGCCAGCGCAUCACGACCGCCUUCUCGGAACCGAUAAACUAGAUGCGCAGCCUUUCAAACACUGGGCUCAUAAUCAUGCUUCCAACAAAUAUCCCCUCGCAGAUGCUGGAGUUCUGGAGUGUGUCAGUUCCGCAAUGGCCUUGCAGAGAGCCAUUCUAAAGUACCGCGAGAGACAUCAUAUCAAACUCGGCCAGAACCUAGACGAUAUCAAAGAGGAGGAUCGAAAAUCAACAAUAUUAUCGGAAACAGUCGCAACAGAUAUAUGCCAUGAUCUGCCUCUCAACAAUGACCUGCUCUCUGUGGCAGAUACAGCUGAAACACAGACAUCCUAUGCAGGAACAUUGAUUGAUGGCACAGGAGCCACCAAAAUCCCAUCUCUGCCCAAGGAGGGCGCCAACAAUACUCCGUUUGAAUGUCCUUAUUGUUUCUUGAUUAUCUCCGUUCGAGACACGCGAGCAUGGGCCCGCCAUAUCUUCCGCGACUUAAUGCCGUAUGUGUGCAUUUUCCCUGGCUGCUCUGGCAGACUAUAUGAGAGCCGCAGACAGUGGUAUAGCCACAUUGAGAAUACACAUGCAGAUUCGGUGAGAGCUCAAAGAUUUGACUGCUCCAUUUGCAAAGAAUCAUUCUCCACUGUGAUGUAUGAGCGGCACGUGAGCCGUCAUUUGGAAGAGCUGGCUCUCUUCCUUCUUCCUCGAUUAUCUGAGGAUGAGGAGAACAGUGAGCAAGAGACAGAUGAAGAAGCAAUGCAUCUUUCAUAUGAGAAAUCUAGUCAGAAGUCCGAAGAGCCAUGGCAAGACCAUGACGAAGUCAGUAUCGGAGAAACAUCACAGCAGCACUACCACGAAGAAUUCAUGCAUGGAUUCGGCACCGAACCAGAUCUGAGUUACUUAUCAGAAACUGCAGAGACUGAAGACCGCGAACAUGAACAUUCACUUUCAAACAUCGGAAUUAUCAGAGAUCCGACCAAGGAGAGCAAAGAUGGCUAUAAUCUUACUGGAACGUCUCUCGAACGCUCAAUUGGCCCUGAUUAUACUCCCAUGCCUACGAAUGAUCGCCUUUUUAUGAGGCGCGGUAUACACAUUUACACUUUACGGUUUCCAAAGCACAGUAUUGGCGAUGGACGUUUGACAGUAGGCGCAGUACGGUCGGUAAUUGCCGAGUCAGUUGGCAUAGAAAGUCAACAGAUCAUCAUUGUGUUUGAAGGAAAAGCACUGGACGACGACGAAAGCACAUGCAGAGCGAUGGGGCUUACGGAUGGAAGCCACUUCUUGGGUAUUUCCCCGAAAGACGCUUCGCCGAAUGAUUCUUCAGAGGAUUCCGAGUACGAAGGAAACGGCAAACAACGAACAAAGAAAAAUACAAGCCCUUCUGAUUCUAAUUUAUUAGAGUCCUCGGGUCCCGAAGGAAGUGAGUUUCAAAGGCUCACCGAGCUGGCCUCUGAGGAGCGAAUCGAAAAUAUGCCAGAACAGACCGACAAUUUACCGAAGGCGAAGUCGAAAGAAAAGCCUAUCCAAUUCAAAGAUGUUAUUGGGAGAAAGUUUACAUUUCCAUUUGAGUUAUGUGCCAAGUGGCCGGAAGUGGAAGAGCUUAUCAGAAAAUGUUUUCUACAUAUUGAUUACGAACCCGUCACUUCCAAUGUGGCGAAGGGGCACUAUGAUCUGAUCGGUCCUGAUGGCAAGGUCAUUCUUCCACAGAAUUGGGAAACAACCGUUCAACCUGACUCGUCCAUCACUAUGCGUAUGUGGUCAACUAUCGAAAAACAAGAGGAAGGCCCACGGCCAUCUUCGUCACGCCGUUUGGGCAACCCUCGCAACCCACCCAAUAUCAAGCUGAUAACGUCCCCGCUGGCGCAAGUGAAUGUAUUAUCCGAGUGGCUGCAACAAGAUAUGCUUCCAUUGGUCAAUGAGUACGUGAUGAACCCGCCAACUGAUCUGAAGACGCGGCGUUUCGAUUAUAGACGAUUGUCCGAAACGAUCCUUGCACAGGUGAUGUUGAAGUCGGAUGGAAUUGAUCCAGACGGCGAUGUAGCCACUCGUAUGGCGCGCAAGGUGCUUAUAAAGGAUGCGCAGGCGGCUCUUAAUAAGCUGGAUUCAGUCCCAGGACUCAAUUUCUCCGGUGCACCUCUGGUUGAAGAGACAACGAAGAUCGAUUUUCCUAAGAAGAAGAAACAUACGAGCCCAGCCUCUUCUCAUCGAUCAUUCACAGAAAACGAUUUGGAUCAUUUUGAUCAUCUUCAAGAUCUAUCGGAGAUUCUACUACCGGAGAGUCAAGACCACGGCAAUAACGAGAGCACCGUUGCACCUGCAAUUUCAGAAAGAGCGGACCCAUCGAUUGUACCGUAUGUAGCUGAAAUCAAUAUCCUGCGCGACAACUACGUGGCUCUCCGCGCAAAGAUAAAAGGUUCACCCAAGGGCAGCAAAAAUAUGACAGAAGAUUGUUUCAGUCUCAUCAGGGCAAUGAACCGGGAAAUGACGAGGUUGGGGGAGUUUGAAUACCCAACACGCGCUGAAGACGUUGAGGCAAUGGCUCAUCUAAAAGAGUUGCAAAGGAUGAAAGAUCAUUUGCAUGUACUUGCAGGCCUUGAGAUAGACAGGUCUUCCAAGAGACAUCGGCACAACCAGCGGGAUCAAUGA